AUCGAAUUUUGACCUGAUCAAAGUUCUGUUCAUCAUUUCAAGCUUGCCUUGCCCCGAUCACUCAGGCUCCCGUUACGGAACAUGAGUCCCAACUGAUCUUCCUUCAUUUCUUCCACCGUUGUCAUUGCAGUAGUCGAAGGACCCGUCUGUAGGCUUCACUCACGAAUGCAAUCCCUAGCGUCGACGACGGCCACGCUAGCGCCUCCGGCUUCUUCACCUCGACCGCAUUCUGCAGGUGGUAGAGUCUCCACGGGCGAUGGAAAGCGACACCCCAGGCUAAAAGAAAGUUCUUUCACGAUAAAGUUCGGUUCAAAAUAUCAUUCGUUCGACAACGAGAAGGCACCGUAUCCAUUGUGUUACGACCGGCAUGUAUUGGAACUUGAAUCUCUUGAUAAUCGUUUUGUGAAGCACCUGAGGGGUGGCUCGGUGUCCCUUGUCAACUUUAGCGAUAAAGAGCCACUGCCAGAGCGAUCACUGGACCUUGGCUGUGGGACGGGAACAUGGGUCGUUGACGCGGCAAAGGAGUGGCCAAAAUGUGAAUUUGUGCGUGUCCAACGUUAUAGUAAACGAUGCUUGCCAAAUGCCGCACAGGUUGGAUUCGACCUCGUUAACAUCCAAAUAUCCCUCAAGUUACUGGAUCCAUCAUUAGCAGAACGAAUAACCUGGGUUCACGGCAACUUUCUGACGACUAAACUUCCUUUCGAUGAUGACGAAUUUGACCAUGUACAUAUACAAUCUAUUGCACGAGGCGUCCCCGAAAACAAGUGGAACGUAUUAUUUGAUGAAAUUAACCGUAUUUUACGACCUGGAGGCUGUGUUGAAAUCCUGGAGGAUGACCUUGUGUUCCCAUACCUUCCACGAUGGUUCACCGCUCCGCUCCGCGCUCGGCCAAGGCGAUCAACUUCUGUUCAUUUUCCUGAUGGUUCCCAGCGAAGAUACCCCUCACCCCCAGAUACCCCCAUUCAAGAAAUGCCCUCUCAUGAUCACGCUCUCCUUGAAUCUCUAUAUAAAUCUGUAUUUGAACAUCGAUUUAUAAACAUGAAGCCAUCAGCUCUCCUUCCAAGCUACUUUGCAACUUAUUUCAGACACGUUACGUUGGGGCCCGUUAUCAGUUUCCCCAUGCCACCUGUUCCGCCCCUCCAGCCUCUUCCUCCCCAAAUAGUAGUGACAUACACUAUCAAUGAACCAGGAUCUGAUACUUUGGAUCCCAGGGUCUCAACCGUCUACCGGCUGUCUUCCGGGGGAACACCUGUAUCGUCAGCUACGCCAACGCCAGGCGCGCGACCGGUUUCUAUGAGCUUCUCUUCCACUAUUUCGUCUGGUGCCGGCGUAACGUCAUCCACUCCCGACUCCUCAACUACGGUUUCUACCCUAUUUAGCUUGAAUGGUCGUGAAAAGUCUGAUUCAAUUUCCUCCACGUCGUCUGAGCAACCCAAGGUAGAAGUGGAUUUUCUGUCAAAUACCUCGCGCCCAGUAUCAUCUAUCACGACGCUGAAUCCAGAUCCUAUUGGAAUUCCCUCUCCGCCCCCAUUCGUCCCUUACAUGCUAGACACUUCAUCAACAGAAACGACGGCCGUAGCUUCAAUACCACCGUCCCUGUUUCCCGAAGAACGAUUCUCAUCUCUCAGUGAGCGGUCGCUUGCAAUGCACUUGUACCGUUCCUAUCAGUUAGUCUUGGCAUGUCGUGAGGCCCUCUGGGAGGAGCUAAACGAUCGACUAAGGAAUAGAAAAGACGAACUGAAGCCUUUCGGCUGGGAGGAUGACGAAGACUGGGAGGAACUGCAGACCAGGCGGAAGUUUGAAAUCCUUGUCGAAAGAUAUGAAAGUGAUAUGCAAGCACGAAUAUCGCUUUGGUGUUCGCUUAACAAUAUCGGAUGGCCAUUGCCACCACGGGAGCCCUUGUCCAAAGCCGAACUCAUUGAAGAAGAGCGAAUGCGCGAAGCUAUGCUCGAAGCGCGAAAACAUGCACCCGCUGAGGACCUACAAAUACCCUGCCGAACUUGUAGGGUCCUCAUUGGAUAUAAACUAUGACAAUAUUUUGGUUCGGAGUUGUCUACUUACUUAUUCACGCACGUUGUGGACACUAUAGAUUAGCGAUGGUUGCCUUAUUUUUGUAUUUUAUUCAUCCUGUACCGGUAGUAUGUACUGACUGGAUACCCUCGAGGGAGUAGGUAGGUGUAUUAAGUAAACCAUCUCGUAUUAUGACGUCAUACCCUUUGCC